AUGCAAACCCAAUCAUUUGCAAGUACUGCUCGAACUACCUCUAGAACAUACCCCACCUCCUUCAUUGCCCUCAUUCCUAUUUCAAGUGAAUAUUUGACCAAUGAUGGCGCCAUUAAGAUGAGCAAGUCUGGGGAAAAAGCAUCAUCAGAGGGUGGUGAGUCCACUGAAGCAACUGCCAAACCAAAGAGAAGCUUUUAUGCUGCAAGGGAUCUGUACAAAUAUCGACAUCAGUACCCACAGAACUUCAAAGAUAUUCGAUAUCAAAAUGACUUGAGCAAUCUUCGGUUUUAUAAGAAUAAAAUUCCAUUUAAGCCAGAUGGUGUUUACAUUGAAGAAGUUCUAAAUAAGUGGAAAGGAGAUUAUGAAAAGCUGGAGCACAACCACACUUACAUUCAAUGGCUUUUCCCCCUGAGAGAACAAGGCUUGAACUUUGCUAAAGAAUUGACUACAUAUGAAAUUGAGGAGUUCAAAAAAACAAAAGAAGCAAUUAAAAGAUUCCUCCUGGCUUAUAAGAUGAUGUUAGAAUUUUUUGGAAUAAAACUGGUUGAUAAAACUGGAAAUGUUGCUCGGGCCGUUAACUGGCAGGAAAGGUUUCAGCAUCUGAAUGAGUCCCAGCACAACUAUUUACGAAUCACUCGUAUUCUUAAAAGCCUCGGUGAGCUUGGAUAUGAAAGUUUUAAAUCUCCUCUUGUAAAAUUUAUUCUUCAUGAAGCUCUUGUGGAAAAUACUAUUCCCAAUAUCAAACAGAGUGCUCUGGAGUAUUUUGUUUAUACAAUUAGAGACAGGAGAGAGAGGAGAAAGCUCCUACGUUUCGCCCAGAAACAUUACACGCCUUCAGAGAAUUUUAUCUGGGGGCCGCCGAGGAAAGAACAGUCAGAGGGAAGCAAAGCCCAGAAAAUGCCUGCCCCUCCCACCUCUGGUCAUAUCAGUCAAACUUCUAUGCACAAAAAAUCCAAGGACUCCAAAAAUUCCUCCUCAGCUGUUCAUUUAAGUAGCAAAACAGCCGAAGAAAAAAAAGCGGCACCCGGAGGGGCUGGAGAGGAGACAGACAAGCCCAGCGCCGACCAGUCCAGCAGUGAAGCUACCAAGCCGGGAAACGCGGAGGACGCCGAAGGUUCCAAUUCUGGGGCCGAAAAAACAGUCACCAAUCCCACAGAGAGGAAGGAGAGUGCAGCUCCUCCUGAAAAAGAGGAAGAAGGUGAGAAUCAUAACAAAGACUGUGAAGAUCCUGGAACUGCAGGUUCCCACGAUGACGGGCACGCAGUGAUAUAGCAGAGAACCCGCACCCCAGCUUGGGUAAGGGAGGGGCGACUGUGCCAGGUCUCCGAGGAAGAGGUCACACUGCAGACUUUAGCCGUCUGUGUUUGUGAUUUCUGUUGUCACGUUUUGUUGUUGGUUUUUUAUUUUGGGUGACCAUGAGUUAAAUCUUCAGUAAGAAGUUUUAAGCAAGACCCAAUAAACGAAUGUGCUCUGUAAGGCUUUUAGGAUGUGGUGUUUCAAAUUCUGUACGUAAUUAUUGCUUUUAAAUGAUUUUCAAUACAUCUGCAAAUAAUCACGUAGUAUUUGAUAUAUCAAAUAAAUUCUUUGGGAGGAUUACAGUCAAGAGGAUAAAUUUCAUUCUGUUGCCAUGCUUUUUUGCCCAAUUUAUGGAUUUAUUUCUUAAGCUGGAAAAACAAAUUUGGUCAUUUCAGAUGUGUUCUGAAAGUGAUUUGGACUCGUCAUUACAACACCUCAGCAUGCUUAUUUUUAAAUUCUGGUACGUGAAAUUUAUGUUCUCAGGGAGCUAUAAUCUCCCAGCCCAUUUCUUGGCCCCACUGUCCUUUUCCUCUUUCCCUGUCUCAGCACUUGCCCUCAUUUGCCAUUUUUGUCAGCCAGCAUGUGCUUUUCUAGGGGAUGUUCAAGUGAUCCCCUGUACUGAAAUUUAAAUGGAACAGGGGGCACUUUCGACUGUAUGAUAAUCAAGAAUUUGCUUUUUUAAAAUAAUAAAAAUGUUUUUCUCUGUUAAAUGCUUAAGAACAAAUUUUGAUGCAAAGUCCAAGAAAAGGAUUUUGCUUUUAUGGCUGUUCCAUAUAAAUUUGGCGCUUGUUUCUGAAUGCAAAUGACUAAAGAAUUAAAAAAUAAGGGAAGAAAUUACCCAUUUUUCAACGGCAUGCUUCUUAUACUGGCAACAAGGCAGUGGUCCCUAAAUCCUUGACUGUCUGAGUGUUCUGUGGGCUAUGAAAUUAAUAUUAUUGCUUAGUCCAGAGUAUCUUUAAAAAAGAAAACAAUUUGAUGUAUCUCUAACUUGUCAAACCUUGAAAUUGAGAAUAGAUUUGAAAUUCCAUAUCCUCAGGUUUAGCAAGCGCUUAAUGUGUUGAUGCUGGUUAAGAGCGAGUAAUUUUAUUUCCUGUACUACUAUUACUAAUUACAAAUCAGAAAAUAAUCAGAAAUGCUGUGGUGAGAACUUCAGAGCAUGCAUACAAAUACAGUUGAAGCCAUUAAUAGAAAAAAAUUUCACUUUCUUUUGGAGCAGAAUUGGCUUUUGUGUAUCUCUUGGGCUUUUAGAUUCACUUUAACCCCCCAAGAAUUUUUACUAUGUCCUAUUUGUUAGUCGUAUCAUACCGUCUUCUGUUAACGUUUAUGAUCAGGGGAUUUCCGGCAGAGGAUUUCUAGAGACUAUAUCAACAGUAUGCCUUUAGAAAUACUUUAUUGCUUCGAAGUUUACGCAAAACAUCACAGUUGCUCAAACUUGACUUUUUAAAUAUGAAUAUUAGUAACCAAGUUUUAUAUCAUACUCCAAUUAACAUAGAGCGUUUUCUCAUUUUUGGUUCCCAUAAUAUCCCAAUUUUCGCUUUCUUUUGUUUUUUGAAGGGAGCAUAAAGAUUCGGGGAAACAAUUCUGCUUUUGCAUUUCAGUUUCUUUUUUGUAUGGACCCUCUAAUGUGUUGCUUGUAGCAAUGUCCCCUAGCGCUAAUAAACAGUUUUCCAGGGUUAGACGGUGAGGGUAGUUGUCACAUUGCGCCAAAAUGUAGGAACAUGAUUAAUUCAAAAUAGCUUACCAAUUUUGAAUACAUGAGAAAGUGUUCAGACUGCUUUCUAAGUGUAAAAUAUUAAAAAUUUGUGACCAGAUAUUAAAAUAUUAAUAAACAGUGGACAGAGACUAAAAUAAGUGGAUAUAAUCUGAAUGACUUGGAAACUAUAGUAUAUCAGAGCCCUUACAAGUAAAAACAUUUCAUUCAACAAUUUAACUUUUAGAAUAUUAUUCCUAAUUAGGGGUUUGAUUAGAUUGUGCCAAUUAAUUUGAGAAUAUUUGGUCUCAAGGGAAAAACCGCCUGGCUCGCAUUUAAAACAGUGGCCUUUUCCCACGAUGUCAUUUUUAAGAUCCAUAUUCAUAUGUAAUAGUAUGAUUCCUCUAUUUAAUCUGCAAAUAAUUUGCGAGAGAAUUCUUCAGUGGAGAACAAGUGAGGGGAUGUCAUUCCUUUUGCAGAUAAACAUUAUGAGUGUCUAGAAUUUUUUUUCUAUGAAGAAUACUUUGUACAAUUAAUAGUUUUUUAAAUAAGAUCUAUAGAUAUGUAUUUAUGUGGGUCUUAGAUAUGAAACAGCCCUCUGGGUUUGACUCUGAUGUUUUGUAUUUUUAAAAACUACCAUAUGCUUGCAAGAAAUUUAUUGAGAAGCUGUUUUAAAAAUGCGGUGAAGCAUGGCCAAAUAGCUAGAAACAUUAUUGAAUCUUUGCAAAUAUAUAGACUUUAUUGCUGUACCUUGGACUGCGAGGAUAUAAACAUUGGCUUAUUGAUAAAAUAUUAAAUUGCAUUUCACGGCAAAUAGAUGUUAUAUCGCUUGGUUAGUCUAGUACAUUUCUAAUAUUUUGUGCUUUCAUAUCUCUAAGGAGAUAAUAUAUGUGAAAGUAUUUUGAAAUACUGUAAAGUGAUAUAUAAUUAUAAGAUAUAUUUCUGUACAGUAGAGAAAAAGUUUAUAACAUUAAAAAUAUUGUAUCAUUAUACAGUUUCAUGCUCAAUCUCAUAAGAAACUCUAAAUCAUGAUAAAAGUGAAAAAUGUAUCUGCGUUCUCUAAAUCAGGUCUAGUUCUCAGUUCAAAAUUUAUUUUGUAUAGUUUUAUUUUGAAUUUAGGUUUUGAGACUACUUCUUUUCAGCUUCAAGUAGAAAAUAAAAUGUACAACUCAGGAGUUACUAGAGAAGUUCUAAGAUUUUUUUUUGCUAAGUAUUAAAAAUAUAAACAUAUGAAAAUGUCAUUUAACACCUAUCGUUGUUACUAUGUUUCAUAUUUUGUUGUAUAGAAUUACCUACUUUGCUUCUAGCUUUUAUGCUUUAAUCUGAGUGAAAAUAUGAUCUGGCGGAAAAGGAAAAACAGUGCAGUGUUCUGAGUUUCUUUAAAAGACCAUUUUAGUAGGUAAACUUCCAUAGCAAGUGGUCAAAAACUGGUUGAACUGACAGAGACUAUUUGGUUAACAGUUUAAAGUUAAAUUUUCCAAGUUUAAAAUAGAAUUAUGAUUGAGUUUAUACUCUAUGGAGUAACUUAUCAACCAGGUUUUUUUGUCUUUCUGUAAUUGAGGUUCUUCUAGAAGCUUUAUUUUCUAACCUGAGAAAAGAAGGACAUUCUUGAUCUUACUUGAAUGUAGCUUCAUCUAUAGGUCUUUUAUGUCUAUUUGGGCUGAGUGGGGAUCCUUUGUUAUAGGAAAGGUUUUGAAGAUUUCUAAUCUGUUUCCCACUUAGAGAAUUUCCCUUUUGUCUUUUGGGGUAUAUGUGUUAAAUAUAAGGUAGGCUGAAGUUAGAAUUGCUAGAAUCAUUUCAAAUGCAGCUGUGGUUGUAGAGAAUGAUGACAGGUAGUCAUCAGAGUAUGGGUCAAUCAGGGUCAGUGUAGGAUCUGGAAAAUUAGGAAUGACAUAUAUUGGCUUCUUUCAACUUUGAAUUCUGCAGUGUUUAUGACAUGAACAGAUUUGUGUGGGUAAUCUCUAGGGUGACAGUGAGUACUACCCUGCCUCCUUCCCUGUUCUAGUUAUCCAGCCCACCCAGCAGAUUGUGUUCAGGGACAGGCUGUGUUUUUAGAAAUCCCUUAUUACUGAAGUUAAUAAUAAUAUAGUUACAAAUAUGAAUGCCUGGAGGUGUCCAGAUGUGCCUUAACUAAUGUAAAUGGUUUUCAUUCAGAAGUUUAAAUUUUUACUCCGUUGUAAAAUCUUGCCACAAGGAACUUUCCAAACCGUGAAUAUCAGUUAUUUUAAUGAAUUUACGUUGGUGCUUUUUCAUUUUGGAGAACUUUCCCUUUGUGACAAUAGCAUUAGUUCAUAAGGAAGUGCACUUGCCACCGUGUUCAACAAUGUGUUAUAUUUGACAAAAAGUGUUUACGGUAAGAAAGAUUAACUACAUUGGUACAUUUAUUUAUGCUCUUGCUUGAUUUUGCUACAUGCUAUGAUUUUCAUUUUAAACAUUUCUCAGUUACUACAAGUAAUAUUUAUCUGCAUUUUACCCUCUUCUUAGCUGCAGAUGGAUGCAGAAAAUGGAAUUCUGUUAGAGAAUUAUUUAAAAGUUUAAUUCCAGUAGAUGGUCAGAGGAAUCUGAAACCAAUUUUCUUAUUAGAAACAUUUAAAAAGCACUGUUUUUGCUUUUUUUCCUAGAUGAGAAUGUUCUUUGUCAUCUGCUUUUUUCCUGAUCUGUUGAGAAUUACUGUUUUAGUUAUUUGUGGGAAAUAACUUCUUAAUAUGUUUGUUGCUUGAAUUAAAGUUUUCAUAUGGAGGAUACAAUUAAGUACUUUGUUUUAUGGCUCAAACUUUGCCUGGAAGUAGAGUUGAGAAUGGGGACUAAGAAUCAGGUGGGCGGGCAUCUUGGUAAAGUGGAGCCAACACUGGGUUCCAGUCUCUCCAAAGGCAUGAUGAGUCCUCAGAGCUUCCUCUGAAUCUCUAGAGUGUUGAGCCCCAUUAUCCCUGACUUCUGAAGAAGGUGGACUACCUUGGACUCCAUAGACAAUUUUAAUAGGUACCAAUUUUCACAAAAUAUGUUAUAAUUUGCUACUAUUUUGUAGUUGUUUAGGAAAUUGUGAGCAAUUGGACACCUGCUAUGUAAAUUGUAGAUGAAUCUUUAUAACUAUCUUGGGAAAUACUGAAACACCAUUUCCACCCACCCCACCAGUUCUUCAAUCAAAAAUUCUUUUGGGUUGUUCUUUCAUAGAUACAUAUUAAAAAGCUUUUAUAAAAUGACUCAGUGUAUUUUAAAAAUGAACUGAAAGGGAAAAGACAUUGAUACCUACUUGUUACGCUGAAAGACCUUGUUAAAAAAAAUCAGAAACUUAUGAAAAUAUAUUUAAGCUAUGAAGUUUAUCAUAUUUUCAUUUUUAAAUUAUAGCAGAGUUUAUGGAACAGUUUACAUUUUUAAAUUAUAGCAGAGUUUAUGGAACAGUUUACAUUUACAUUACAGAGAGAUUAGUUAUGUAAUAAUCUUGGUCCUAAGAAAUGUUCCAGUUCUAUACUCAUUGGUCAAAUGGGCAUUGUUUUUUUCAGUGCUGAUAGAUUUAGUUUCAGGUGAAGAAAAGGAAAACACAAAUGAAACAAAAGAUUAGAAACAGUAACAAGAAACUUAACUACAGAAAUAAAGAUAUAACCAAUGAUGGGUUUGUACAAGUGACAGAAUUAUUGGGAGCAGAUGAGGAAUGAUUUAUAAGAGCUUUAUGGUAGGGAUGUGAUUUCAGAAUUAGCUCUAUGUUAUUUGUGCCGAGGAGAUCAGGGACUGGUGUGCAGACAGAAUUGCAUUGAUCCUCUCAUGUGAACCGUGACUUCUGCCUACUCCACAGUAGACUGAAACCUUUCAGUAGACUGAUAGAAGUAGGCAAAUGAUCAGAUACCAAGUUUAAUUUCUUUGCCAGUGUGUAUCAAAAUAGUUAGUGGUUUUACUAACAAGAAAUUAAACUGAGGGACUGGCUGAGAGAAGAUUCAGUAAUAAGGUUGUCUAGAAACGAAGUAACUCUCUCCCAUAAAAGAGUUGACGGCAUAUUAAUUGUGCAGUGUUACAAUUAAGAAAUGAGAGCAAAGCAUUAGCUUAUUCUUUGACAAGCAUUUUUUUUUUCAUUUUUGUAAAAAGACCAUUUACUCACUUUCCCUAAAUAAGCUAUUGGCCUUUCAUUAGUAUUACCUAAGUAGAUAGAUGGCCAACUGGGUCCUGGAACGAUUUCACUUUGGAAACUACUGUGUCCUUUGUAUUUUAAGUAUGUCAGGAAAAUGGGUAUGAUUCUUAACAAGAUGUAUGUUUUACUUCCCACCCAAGCUCUCACUGUCCAGCAGCUGCUGGGUCUUUGUGCUCUCUGUUCUACUGCAGUAUGAAUUACAGAAUGCUGUGCAUGUCUGUUAGGACCAAUACCAUGUGCGUGUGGUAGGAGUUGUAACCAGUUUCUGGAUCUGUAUGGUACUAUGAAACACUUAUUUUAUAAUUCUGUAAUUGUAUGGCAGUGUUAUGCCAAAAAUGUAUAAAGAACAAUAGUUUCUGUUGCUGACUGCUGUAUUUUAAAAUAUUGUUUCUGAAAUAAUAUAUUUAGAGUUCCUUUAGAGUAAUUAUUUUUUAAAAACUAUUGCCAAAUAUACGUCCUGUAAAAUGAAUAAAAGCCACUUCAUCUUGGUUUAACAUUUUAGCAUUAUGUUAGAGUACAUUAUAUUGAUUUUGCAUGAUUAAAAUAUUUUUGAAGAGCUGGAACAAAUGACUUGCUGUUUUUCUAUGAUUAGACAUAUUUUUAUGAUUAUCAUGUGAGAUCAACAUUAUUUCCUUUUAUCUUGUAAAAUAAAUAUUUUAUUUUGAAGGGCAAAACCUUAUUUGCAUAUGAAGUUAUU